CGCUCCUGGCUGCUGGAACUUGAAAAGCUGCCACUUUACCUCAGUUGUGUCUCCUUACGUGCGUACGUACCUCAACCUGCCCGCUGCACCUCACGCUCCCGCAACCCUGCUCAUCUACCUACCCUCGAGCCUUGCCUUCUGCCUUGCGCCCCUGUCCGCCUGUCAAGAAGACGAUUCAGCUGUCGGUUUCAUUGGAUCUCGUAGGGCCACCUUGUUCUUUGCAAAUGCAACUUCCACCUCCCACCUUCUCUCGCGUACGCCCGUGGUUCAAGACGUCUGUUGUCGUCGGUGUGGCCGAAGCCUUCUUUUUCAUUCCCGUCACCAGUAUUGUGCAAACACUCUAUUACAAGGCAACGGGCAAGUUCGAUCCCUCGCGUCUAACCGCCCAAGAGUACGGGAGACUUGCUCUUCACGGCCACGUCUGAGUCCAUAACCACUUCGACCGGCCGCCAUGGCCUCCACAACAGCAACCCCCGAGGCCACUCUACGCCAGAGGAACGUGCCAGCCUCGAGUAAGAAAGCCAAGAAUGGCGUUUCCUCAGAUGUCGAAACCGACAAGGUUCCGGAUGCCGUCGCUCCAGCCAAAUCCGGCUCCGAACUCGAAUAUAAACUUGCUCUUAUCCUCAUCACCGGCUUGGCGUUCCUUACCAGAUUCUGGGGCAUCAGCCAUCCCGAUGAGGUCGUGUUCGACGAAGUCCAUUUUGGAAAGUUCGCGUCCUAUUAUCUCGAGAGAACAUACUUUUUUGAUGUACACCCUCCCUUUGGCAAGCUUCUCUUUGCCUUCAUGGGCUGGUUGGUCGGCUAUGAUGGCCACUUCCACUUCGAGAACAUUGGCGAUUCUUACAUCCGCAACAAGGUCCCUUAUGUCGCCUUUCGCUCUCUUCCCGCCAUUCUCGGUGCCCUCACCGUUUCGGUUGUCUAUAUGAUCAUGUGGGAGUCGGGUUAUAGCCUUCCAGCUUGUCUGAUUGCCGCCGGUCUUGUCCUGCUCGACAACGCUCACAUUGGCCAGACUCGCCUGAUUCUCCUCGAUGCCACCCUGGUCUUUGCUAUGGCGUGCAGCUUGCUCUGCUAUAUCAAGUUCCACAAGCUGAGGCACGAGCCCUUCUCCAGGAAGUGGUGGAAAUGGCUGAUCCUGACUGGCUUCGCCCUUUCUUGCGAUAUCUCCACUAAGUAUGUUGGCCUCUUCGCCUUCAUCACGAUUGGUUCUGCCGUAUGCAUCGACUUGUGGGAUCUUUUGGACAUCAAGCGUCCCGGUGGCGCUCUGACUCUGCCCCAGUUUGGCAAGCACUUUGCGGCUAGGGCUUUUGGGUUGAUCAUUAUGCCCUUCAUCUUUUACCUCUUCUGGUUCCAGGUUCACUUCUCGAUCCUCACUCGCUCUGGACCUGGCGAUGACUUUAUGACCCCCGAGUUCCAGGAGACCCUCAGUGACAACAUCAUGCUCGCCAACGCCGUCACCAUUGAUUACUAUGACACCAUCAGCAUCAGGCACAAGGAGACCAAGGCCUACCUUCACAGCCACCCGGACAAGUACCCGCUGAGAUAUGACGAUGGCCGUGUGUCUAGCCAGGGUCAACAGGUGACUGGCUACCCUUUCAACGAUACCAACAACUACUGGCAGAUCCUUCCCCCUGGCCCUGACGAUCAGAAGCUCGGUCAUCCCAUCAAGAACCAUGAUCUCGUGAGGCUUCGCCACAUUGUUACGGAUACCAUCCUGCUCUCUCACGAUGUUGCUUCUCCUUACUAUCCUACCAACCAAGAAUUCACCACCGUCUCCAUUGGAGAUGCCUACGGCGACCGCGCGGCUGAUACUCUCUUUGAGAUCCGUAUCGAGCAUGGAAAGGCCAACCAGGAAUUCAAGAGUAUUUCCAGCCACUUCAAGCUGAUCCACAACCCCAGCAAGGUUGCCAUGUGGACUCACUCGAAGCCACUCCCGGAAUGGGGUCACAAGCAACAGGAGAUCAACGGUAACAAGCAACUGGCACAGAGCUCCAACGUCUGGCUUGUUGAGGACAUUGUGUCUCUGCCCGCGGAUCACGCGCGCCGUGAGAAGCCUGAGAAGAAGGUCAAGACUCUUCCGUUCCUGCGCAAGUGGUUCGAGCUGCAGCGGUCGAUGUUCUGGCACAACAACCAGCUCACCAGUAGCCAUCCCUAUGCCUCUCUGCCGUACCAGUGGCCUUUUCUAUUGCGUGGCGUGAGCUUCUGGACGCAGAACGAUACUCGCCAGCAGAUCUACUUCCUUGGUAAUCCCAUCGGAUGGUGGCUCGCUAGCAGUGUCUUGGCUAUCUAUGCCGGCAUUAUCCUGGCGGAUCAGUUCUCGCUCCGCCGUGGGCUCGACGCCAUGGAUCGUCGUACCCGAUCCCGCUUGUACAACUCUACAGGUUUCUUCUUCCUCGCCUGGGCAACUCACUACUUCCCCUUCUUCGUCAUGGGCCGUCAGCUCUUCUUACAUCAUUAUCUACCGGCUCACCUUGCUUCGGCACUUGUUACUGGCUCGGUGGUGGAGUUCCUCUUCAGCACCGACUCAGCGGAGCCUGAGUACCAGCCCAGCAAGUCGGGUAAGAAGGUCGCUCCUACCACCAAGCGCCGCUUGAGUGCCCGCGAGCGUCUUGCUGGCCAGAGCAUGGCUGGCGCCUGGAUCGCGACUGCUGUCAUCAUGGUCCUUGUCGCCUUUGGCUGGUACUUCUUCCUGCCCUUGACCUACGGAUAUCCUGGGUUGACCGCUCCCGAGGUUAACCGGAGGAAGUGGCUGGGCUACGACCUUCACUUCGCCAAGUAGAGUAGACUCAUUGUCACUUGACAAAACCAUGCAGAUGUGUGUGCACAGGAGACUGUGAGUGUACAGUAGAGUUGUGUUUGAGUGUGUAAUAGGGUGAAAAUCGGGAAAAUGCCAAGGUGGCGUGUAGGCGUUUCCAGUUCCAAUCCGAGCACAUCAAUGUGCAGGCGAAUAUCGCACGCAAGCAAGGUUUAGAGCUAGAAUUGAUCUCAAAGUCAUGUUACCUGCCUAGGUCUGAUACAGAUUUAGAGCUAUUCUCACCAUAGAUCAAAAUUAAAUCCGAUUACUGCAAGAUCCUGA